CGGCGGUCCUCUGAGAGACCAUGAACCAAUUCGCGGAGCUGAAGUCGCCCAAUUCGGAAAUAGUCCGGGCGAACUACAACAAGCUCUCCGAGCACAUCAGGCGGCUGACGCCGCAGGGCAUACAAUGCAGCGUCUUCUGCGGCGGGGCCCACUGCAAGUACGAGAACCCGGACAGCUGGAAGCCGGACAGUCUGGCUAUCCAAGGGAUUUACUCGCACUGGAUUACGGACGACAUUCUGGCGAUGGCCCGGCCCAGCACCAUCGUGAUUAUCCAGAAGAACAUCAUUCAACAAUUCCAAAGUUUAGGAAUCAAAUCUAUUAUAAAUUUGCAAUCUCCACGGGAACACGCCAGCUGCGGCCGCCCUCUGGAAAGUUCCGGCUUCUCCUACGAUCCCAAUAUCUUCAUGGAACAAAGCAUAUAUUAUUACAAUUUUGCCUGGAAAGAUUACGGAGAUGCCACCUUAUCCAGUCUUUUGAACAUGGUGAAAGUCCUGGCGUUUGCCCUCACAGAAGGCAGAGUGGCCAUUCAUUGUCAUGCAGGUCUGGGAAGAACAGGCGUACUAAUCGCUUGUUAUCUAGUUUAUUCGCUAAGGGUAACCGCCAACGAUGCAAUUAGAUAUGUAAGAUUCAAAAGGCCGGGUUCCGUGCAAACGAGAGGUCAAAUAUUGUGCGUGAGACAUUUCGCUCAAUUCAUUCUUCCUCAAACUGUAACUUAUUUUAUAAAGGAUCUCGUAGGCAAGGACAAAUACAUGAACGAAUUUACGCUGCGCAGGUUUCUAAAAAGGCAAAGGAUAGUACUUCACGGGUACGACGAGAGGAAUUUCAAAUUCAUUCCGAAGAUCGUCCAUUGCAUUUGCGAAAGGAUUUUAAAAUUGUGUUCCUGUUGGGUAAGCGAGUUCUCGCCCUCCAGCAUUCCCUUUACAGCCGACUUUUUAACGGCCAAAAUCCACGGCAAUUUGAACCGUCAUUCCAGUACUUACAGCAUCAAUAGUUUAUCCAGCACGAAUUCCGAUCCCAUAUUCCUCAACGCCGAGUUGGUCCAAUCCCCGGGCGAUGUGUCGUCCCCUUCCAGUCCUAACCCCUCCGAAAUGGGCGACGUGAUGGAUUCGUUCUCCGAAUUGAGCACCAUCGACGGCGAAGAAAUGAACGAGGAACUCCUGCUGGAGAACCGCUGCUUCCAGGAGCUCGAGUCCCAGAAGUCCUUCACCCGGGAACGGGCCGAGGCGGCCGAGGCGCCCGUCCAGGACGCCAGCGUGGCAGUCGACGCGCUAAUAAGCGACGUGGAAUCGUUGAAUUUUGCCACCAGGAAGAAAAUAAAGGAUUACCAGCACCACAUCAAUUCGUCCCAAUUGGGGUGGGCCAGGUUGAGCGUCGAGACGGAUUUGUACGUGCUGGCUGCGUUGCUUUUCGAAUGGAUCGAGGGCUUGAAGGACCCCAUUAUUAAAAUGGAGAACUUCGAAACAAUCGUGGUGAAUUAUAAGGAGCCCGAAUUGUGCAUACAAAAGUUUCCUAUAGAAGUUUGCUACUUGAUCGAGUAUUUGCUGAAAUUCUUCAUAAAAAUUCAGCUCGUUUGCAAGGAAAAUCAAGAGGAUAUGCUGAAGAGAAUAAUUGCUGCUCUGUCAAAGCACAGCGUAUUGAUCAACAACAAUGUCGUACCGUCAGCUAAAGGGUUUAAGAAAAUCGGCGACGGGACGCUAACGUGCACGUACCACUUGUUCCAAUCGUUGGCCGAAUUAAUUGAAAAUCACUCGAACGAAAAGCAAGAAAUGAUAUAUAAUCACAACGAAGAUAAGGUAUGCGAAAAUUCCGAUAUCGAAGAAGACUUCCAUAGAUAGCUGAUUAUUUGAAAGCUUUUUGUUUCCUGAAUCAACUUUACAUAGUUGCUUGUAGCUUACGUACUCG